CUCAUUCCAGCGGCGCGCCGGCUCCCGUGGAGUCGGAUUAAGCGAUCUCUCUCUCUCUCUGUCGCCCCCCAACCCCCCGCUCCUCUCUGGAAAAAUAUUCGAGGGCGUUCUCCGGCCUUAACCCUAACCCUAAACCUAACCCUAGUCAUGGCUCUCUUGGCGCCUUCCUGGGCUCGCUAGGGCUCGCGUUUCCGAUUUGGGGCACGUCCAAUCCCCUCCCUCGGAUCCCUAAUGCUCGGGUGCUCGAGCGGUUCCGCUGUUGGGAUCGGAAAUGGCGCUCGUUCCGGGUGUUUCCGAGGGUGCACUCGUGGAAUUGGACGUCGGCAACUCGGCGGAGUCCCUGACGGCGCUCCUCAACUCGCAGAGGGAGCUUUUCCACAGCCAGAUCGAGCAACUCCAGAAGCUCGUCGUUGCUCAAUGCAAGCUAACGGGCGUCAAUCCCCUCUCCCAAGAAAUGGCUGCUGGAGCAUUGUCGAUAAAAAUUGGAAAGAAACCUAGGGACUUGCUGAACCCAAAAGCGGUAAAUUAUAUGCAGUCAAUUUUCUCUGUCAAGGAUGCUGUUGGCAAGAAGGAAACUCGUGAAAUCAGUGCUCUUUGUGGAGUUACAGUUACACAGGUUAGAGAAUUUUUUGCUGGCCAGCGUUCAAGAGUGAGAAAGUUUGUUCGCUUGUCACGAGAUAAAGCGACCAGAGUAGAUGCAUCCAGGGCAUCAAGCAAUGGAUGCUCCCUGAGUUCUGAGCAGUGUUUGCCUGUUAGCGAAGAGGCCUUAGCAAGUUCUGCUGACAAUAUGAUGAUCAGGGAACAAAUACCAGUUCCUGGGAAUGCAAUGAUUAUUAGCACGGUGACAGAUGGCCAACAUGAUACAACUGACCUUAAGAAAGUUGAGGAAGGUCCUUCAUGCACAGCGCUUGAAGAGACUGUUCCUGGCAUUGACACCAAUGAUCAGAAGUUUCUGGACAACAUUUUUAAUCUAAUGAGGAAGGAAGAGACAUUUUCUGGACAGGUGAAGCUGAUGGAGUGGGUCCUCCAAAUCCAUAAUUCAGCAGUCUUGAUUUGGUUUUUAACUAAAGGUGGUCUUACCAUUUUAUCGACAUGGUUAAGCCAAGCGGCCCUUGAAGAACAAACAACUGUGCUUCUUGUCAUUUUCAAGGUUCUAUGUCACCUGCCACUACACAAAGCUUUGCCAGUACAAAUGUCUGCUGUCUUGCAAACUGUUAACAGGCUGCGGUUUUACAGGACAUCAGACAUAUCAAACAGGGCAAGAACUCUCCUUUCAAGAUGGAGCAAACUGUUUGUUAGAAGCCAGGCUUUGAAGAAACCUCUUCUCAAUUCCUCCAAGGAUUCUCAAAAGGAGAUAGUCCGUAAACAAAGGAUCAGUGAAAUUCUCAGUGAUGAGUCAUGGCAAUCCAAAAUUGAUAUUCCUGAGGACAUUCUUUCCCUUACUGAAGAUAUGGAAAAAAACAGGAAAUCAGAGUCUAAACAAGCACUAAAGCUUCUUCCAGCUUCUAGUGAUGAGUUAAGUAAAAAGCAUGGCCGAAGUGUCUCAUUGCCCAAAACCAAAGAACGCAGAAAAGUUUUACUAGUGGAGCGGCCUGAUCAUAAACCUUCAGGAAGAAGUGUGCAGCUUGCAAGAGCGGCACCUUCAAACCAUAGCCGUCCAAUGUCAGCUGAUGAUAUCCAGAAGGCAAAAAUGCGUGCAAUGUUCAUGCAAAAUAAGUAUGGCAAGGCUGAUACAUCCAAUAGUGAAAAUAAGCCACCGAAAACAGAAGAUGGUAAUCAUGUGCCUUCUCCAUCUCAGACCAGCAAUAUGUUGUGUUCAUCAAGAAUACCCCAGUUACCUCCAUUGAGAAAAGAUGAAGAGACAAAACCUUCAAUAUCUACAACAAACAUUCUUCCGAAGAAGCAAGAUACUUUGGUCAUUUCAAAACCAAACACUUCUUCUCAGGAACAGUUGCUGGAGAAGUUGAAGUGCAGUCAAAUUCAAUGGCAGACACCACCAGUGGUCAUACUUGACUCUACAUGGUCUGUGGGCGUUGGGGAAAACAGCAAGGAAGUUGAAGUCCAGAUGCAGAGAAAUCGGCGGGAGAAGGAAUCAUUCUAUUCAAAACCACAAGACAUCCCAUUGGAUCCAAAGGAACCUUGGGAUCUAGAGAUGGAUUUUGAUGACAGCUUAACUCUUGAAAUCCCAAUUGAGCCGUCGCCGGAUGCUGACAUCAUUGAAGACUCUUCAUGCUCUCCUUGCAGUGGUGGAGCCUCCAAUGAUGAAACGCCGGCCACCACCUCUGCUCCUCCGAUCAAUAACGGGAAUCCAGAGCCAGACCUUGAGUUGCUGGCCGUGCUGCUCAAAAACCCAGACCUGGUCUUUGCUCUGACUUCUGGCAAGGGGAAGAGCAUGACAAGCGAGGAGAUGGUGGUACUGCUGGACAUGCUCAAGAAAAAUGGUGUAGGGUUGACAGAAUUGAUGAAUGGGGCAGCUGAUGGCCCUAAAGAGAAGCCUAAGGAACCUGAGCCCACUUCUCUUCCAUCUCCGACUCCUCCGUCAGAUCCAGCUGCAAGGGCUAGUUGGAAAUCAGAAUUCCCAACCCGUAAUGCUCCAGUCCUGCAGCCUCAUUUUCGUGGCAGCAGAGUUGCGUCGGCUGCUCUUCCUAGUGCCACUCCUCAAAACCCAUCUCCUGCGGCAGUUCCUCCUAUGGUUGUCAAGACACAGACUGCAGGUUUGGGGUUGCCUCAGACUUCAACCACCAUCUUAUCAGUGCCGGAAUUGACAGUAACAAUUAAUCCCACAUCUCAACAUCAUCCGCCCCACAAUUUCCUUCCAAAGAGGCCUCCAACAUCCUCAGCUCACCAGAUGCCGAACUCUAUAUAUCCAUUGCAACAUAACUCAGUUCCUGACCACAUCUUGCCCACAAAGCAAUGCCCAGUAACAAAUGUACCGAUUGCUUCCCCAUCGGUACCUCAACAGGAGUCCUUUAACCACAACCCUUCACCCAUUACUUUAUCUGCAUUGCUUCCAAUCUCAUCGAGGCAGCAAUCUCAUCUACUGGCUGAACCUCCGAAAGUUUCUCCAAAAAUUCCCAGAUGGCCGCCUGUGAGUGCCACCAUUGUUGGAAGGCCAAAUCCAACACCAGACCCUUGGAUUGGUGUAUCAAAUGGCUUUUCGGAGGUUGGGGCCCCCAACGUGCAAUUCUUUGCUAAUCAAAACAACUACAAUGCUUACCCCAAGGGGCCCGUACAGCAACCUGCUGUACCACCAAGGUCAGCUGGGAAUAGAAAUGAGAUUCUCGAUAGGACACAGCUGGAGACAUGGAGCCCAGAAGGCAGCCCUGUGAGAUUGUCAGCGUUUCGAGGUGGCCAGAAGUUUUCGGAUGCAAGAAGAGACCAUGGCCGGAAUCAUAGGCCUGAAUGGUCCAGGCAAUGGGAUUCCGGGAAUCGGGACCACUACAGGACGGGCAGCAACAGAAGGUGGCGGGAUCGUGUUGGAGAUCGGAGGCGAUGAUUGUGUAUGAUUUGUUUGUUUAGAUUUAUGGGAGUUCUCCACUUGCAGGGGGCAAUCCUCUGAUUUCUUGUGGAAUAGAGUAGAAUUGUGAAUAGAUUAUAGAGCCCUCAGAUUCUAAUGACGUGAAGUGGAGAAAAAUGAAAUUUCUGUUCCAAUUGGUGAUGAGUGAAAAGGAUUUAACGGUUAUCACUAUUCUUCUUGACCAAAUCCAGUCACUCUAGCCUCUUAUAUUUUUACUUUUUAAGAUAUCAUAAAACUAUAAAUAUCUCCAGUCAAAAUAAAUAGAUGCUGAUAGUGACUA